GAACCGCUAGGUGGCAAUUAUUCAGAAAUUCUCGCAGUACACUGGGAGCCACCGCAAGCACCAGAGCCAUGUAAACAAAAGGCUGAUUUCAUAGAUUUUGACCUAUAGGUUUUAGGCAAAAUAUGCAGAAAUGGGCAAGCGAGAUAAUAGAGUGCCGUACUUGAACCCAAUAGCUGCUGCCAGAGCCAGAGGACCUGUUCCCAACUCCGGCCCCACAAUUCAGGAUUAUCUAAGCAGACCACGGCCAUCAUGGGAAGAGGUAAAAGAACAGCUGGAAAAGAAAAAGAAAGGCUCCAGAGCCCUGGCUGAUUUUGAAGACAGAAUGAAUGAGCGAUGGAAGAAGGAACUGGAGAAAAACAGGGAGAAGGUACUUGGUGGAGGUGAAAAGAAAGAAAAAGACAAGGAGAAGGAAAAGAAAGAGAAAAAGAAGGAGAAGAAAAAGUCCAGUAGGCAUUCCUCAUCUUCCUCCUCCUCCUCAUCGAGUUCUGAUUCCUCCUCCAGUUCUUCCUCAGACUUUGAAGAUGACGAUGAUAAGAAAAAUGUGAAAAAGAAGAAAAAGAGGAAAAGAUCCUCUGCCCGACGAGCAUCUGAUGACUCUGACACCGAGUCAGAGACUGAUAGCAGGGAGUCAUCCAAGAAAAAGAAGAAGAAACUGGAUGGAGAGAAAGACAAGGAUGAAAAGGACGGCCGAAUGAAGAGGAAAGCUGAAAGGAGUCAUUCAGAGUCCUCAGACGAGUCUGAUGUAGACAGAGAUGCUGAGUCUAAAAAGAAAAAACACAGUAGUGAAGAGAAGGAGAAAAUUACAGACAAGUCUAAGAAGAAAAAGAAAAAGAAGAAGCAUAAGAAACACAGCAAAAAGAAAAAGAGGAAGACUUCUGGCUCUGAGUUGGAUUGAAGGGCUAGUGAGUGUGGCGUCCUGCACAACAGGCAGCUGGAAUUCGGAGUGGGAAUUGAGACUGAGCUCUUCCGGACUGUGGGGAAAAACCCUUUAGAUAUUUGUCUAAGUGACUCUUAAAAGUGGGUGCUUCUUAGCACCGUGUGGCUUUGUGGCAGACUUGGAUGAGAGGAUCAUGUGGUUGGGGAGUUGAAAGGGGUGUGGGGUUCAUUAAGUCAGGUUUGUGUUUGUUUUUUAAGCAGAUGAUUCUCAGUCCAAAUAAAGGUCAUUUACACCACUGGCGGCCCUGUGUACAGUAUCUGUGUGCUGAUGUGGAUCUGCAUGAGAAAUGCUGCUUUUGAGAACGAACCUGUGUUUCCUGCACUGAUCUUCAGCGGCAUGGCAAAACAACUAUAUUUUACCCAAGUUUUGAAUGUGAGUUCACAAUUUGUUAAUUGUAAUGUAAUAAAACACCACAAAAAGAAGGUAAAACUGCAUAAAAUUCUAAUUUACAAAUACACUGUUCAAAAGGUUGGGGUUGGUAAGAUCUGUUUUUAAAGAAGUCUUUAAUGCUCACCGAGGUUGCAUUUCUUUGAUCAAAAAUACAGUAAAAACAGUUCUAAAAACUUGUGCUGCUUAACAUUUUUGUAGCAACUAUGAUAUUUUUUUUAAUUCAGAUUCUUCGAUGAAUAGAAAGUUCAAAAGAACACCAUCAUCUUUAUUGACACUUUUGAUCAAUUUAAUGUGUCCAUGCUGAAUUAAUCUAUUAAUAUCUCCAAACUUUUGAACAGUAGUGCCUAUAUAUAUUAAUCCUAUGAUACAUCAGUCUUAACAUGGGGUUUAUGAACCCCUUUUAUUAACCUUUUGUUCUGGUAGAAUUUCUGCAAAUGACCUUUUGAAGUGCUGUUUUAAUACUAGCUGUGGACUUAAAUGACACUUUUAAGGUCAAUUCUGGCUGUUUAUCUCAAGCUUUACUCCGUCUUUGUGUUUGACGAUUCUUGAAAACAUUGUUUUGUGUCUUAAGUCAUGCAUGGAUUCAGGCGAAACUUUGCAUGUCUGUGCAUUGAAUGACCCUGUGUCUGUCUGGGACUGCGCUGGUUUCACACCUGUUGCAGUGUGUGUGUGUGUGUGUGUGUGUACAGCAACUGUUCAAGUGAACUUUCCUCAUGUGAUCUGAAACUGUGUGCUUAAGCUGUGUAUAUCUGCAGUGAAUGUGUAUCGGUGAGACUGUCUCUGGCCCUCAGGGUGACAGCAGUGUUUUGGAAGCUGGGCCAGGUGUAUGUGUCCAAAUGGAUGUGGGAGGGGCCUCAAGCAGCUUCUCAUUUCCCUGGCAAAUACUGUCACCAGUUCCCUUUUCUUGUCAAACAGCUUCU